AGUGAUGGAAAAUCUCAGUGACAGCAGUGACGACGAGGACGAUUUUUUCAUCGUUGAUGCAUGUGCUGCAUUAUUAUCCAGAACUGAAAGAAGCAAGAUAUAUGGGUAUGCUGAUAAUGUGGUCCCUCUAUACAGUGAGGCUCACUUCCGCAGGAUGUUUCGGAUGUCAACAGCAACUUUAGAUACUCUUUGUGACAGUAUAGCAGAUUUUCCAGAAUUAAAAAAAGAUGGAAGUGGUGGGAAAGAGUCCGUUCCAGUUAGGACACAGUUGCUACUUACCUUGUGGUAUUUAGGGGGACUGGAUACUGUAAUAAAAAUCGCAGAUCGUUUUGGUGUGUCAGAGUCAACAGUGAUCAUGUGCAGAACACGAAUAAUAAAGGUCAUACUAAAUCAUCUCAAGGAAAAAUUUAUUUGUUGGCCAUUUGGUCAACAAGCACAAGAUGUGGUUGAUAAUUUCAGCAAAAGAAAUGGCUUUCCGGGGAUAUUAGGCGCAUUAGAUGGGACACAUAUUCAGAUAAAAGCACCACAGCAACACCCUCAAUCAUACAUUAACCGCAAGAACUAUCACUCAAUUCAGCUACAAGCUGUUUGUGAUUCUGAUAUGAACUUUAUUCAUUGCUUUGCUGGCUUUCCUGGGAAAUGCCAUGAUGCACGUGUACUUCGCAACUCAGAUUUAUGGGAAGAAGGUCUUCAGCUGUGUGGACCAAAUCAUAUUAUUGGCGAUGCUGCAUAUCCGUUACGCAGAUGGCUUAUGACACCUUUUAAAAACACUGGACAUAUCACACAGGAACAGAGACACUACAAUUAUAUGCAUUCAUCAAACAGGGUUGUAAUUGAAAGAGCCUUCAGUCUCCUCAAAGGAAGAUUCCGCCGGCUUCAAAAUCUUGACACAAAUACAGUUAGAACAGCAGUUAAUAUCAUUAUGGCCUGCUGUGUUUUACACAACAUUUGCCUUCUUUCAAAUGAUGAGGUUGAAGAAUUCAUGGAAGGUGGAGAUGAUCAAAACAUCAACCCUGCUCCACAUCACAUGUUUAAUGAACUUGAUCAGGAAGGAAUCAUCAAAAGAAACACCAUUGUGAGAAAUCUGCCAUAGCUGUUUUUUUCAGCCAUAAACAUUUAUAUUACUUUAUGAAAGAAAUUGCAGCUUGUUUUAUUUUAAAAAGUCAGUCAAAUUUAUGUUCAUAUGCCUGAACUAUAAUGUCAGU